CUAAGCACCAAGGCUGAGAUGACUCCAAAGUAUUUAUGGCUGUUAGCCCUUGUGGCUCUAUACAUUCCACCCAUCCAAUCUCUGAACUGUGCUUAUCUGGAUCAUACCAUCUUGGAAAAUGUGAAACUUCUGGGCAGCAUCACGAAUGGCUUUCCCUUAAGAUGUCUAAAAGAUAUCACGGAUUUUAAGUUUCCUAAAGAGAUUCUGCCAUACAUCCAGCAUAUGAAAAAGGACAUAAACGCGGUCUCUUUUCGUAUAUCUGCUCUGGCACUAACUAUUUUCAGUCCUAAAGGCUCCAUCUCCCCGGUGACGGAGGAACACUCGGAACGUAUCAGAUCGGGACUUCUUGAACAAGUGUGGCAUGCUCGCAAGUGCUUCCUGGAUGAGGAGAAAGAGAACAGGGAUCAUCCUCACUCAGAGGACUUCUGGACAGUCUACCUGGAAUUGAGCAAGUAUUUCUUCAGAAUCAAAAAGUUCCUGAUAAAUAAGAAAUACAGUCUCUGUGCUUGGAAGAUUGUUGCAGUAGAAAUAAAGAGAUGUUUCAUUAUAUUUUACACGUCCAAAAAACUACUCAAAAUGAAAUCAGAAUCACUCACCUUCAAGCAAGAACUUAGAUAGAAGCUGCGACUGCUCAUAUGUCCCCAAGAACGCUUUAUUCUAAAGCCAUUACCGGGAUGCUGCUACCGCUACCUUUAGAUGAAAGACUUCUCAAGUUCAAGGUUCAAGGCAGUACAGUCAAAGAGAGUCUUAUAUUAAGCAAAAGACAAAUUUCAGAGGAAAAGUUAGCAGAAAUGUUAACUUUAAUUAAAAACAAAAGUUGUGGAUUAUGGCAUUUAUGUUACUAGCAAAAAAAAAAAUCAGUCAUUAAAAUGAGUGAAUAUAA